AUGAGAUCCUCCGUCCUCUUUUUGGCUGUCGCCGCCGCCUCUGUCCAGGCCGGAUACUCCAUGAAUCCCCCUCCCCCCCCUUCUCCCGGCUACCCGGUCGAUGCUCCUCCUGCCCCGGAGACCCCAACCCCCCCUGAGGCUCCCGUUGUCCAUGAGCCCCCCAAGGGAUACGAGCCUGAGCCCCCCAAGGGCUACGUUCCUUCCAGCGUCGAGCCUCCGGUCGAGGCGAAGACCUACCCUGCUGGCAUGCCUGAGGUCACUCCUCCUCCUUAUGCGCCCGAGAACGUUGCCUCCACCGUCUACGAGACCAAGGAGUACACCGUGACGGCUUGCCCUCCAACCGUCGUCGACUGCCCAGUUGGCGUGAAGACGAGUUACAUUAUCACCAAAACUACCAUCUGCCCUGAGAGCUCAACUGCCGCGCCACCAAAGCCCGUCAAGACCUACCCAGGCCUUCCCCCAGUCCACGAGCCAUCUACCCCAGUCGCUGGACCACCUAAGGAGACCUACCCAUCUGUCCCCGUCCACGAGCCACCUCCCCCAGCUGCUCAGCCCCCCAAGGAGACCUACCCAUCUGUCCCUGUCCACGAGCCACCUCCCCCAGCUGAUGAGCCUCCUAAGGGUAACUACCCAGGUGUUCCUCCCAACAAGCCAACUACCCCAGUCUCCGGCCCACCCAAGGAGGAAUACCCAGAGGUCCCAGUUCACGAGCAACCUCCCCCAGCCGACGAGCCCCCCAAGGAGAACUACCCCGGUGUUCCAGUCCCCCCUGCUCCUUACCCAUCUGGUCCUCCUCCUGCUCCUGUUGCUCCUUACCCAACCGCCCCAGCCAGCACUCUCGUUCCCUUCCCAACUGGUACCGGUGCACCCGUUCCAUCUACGCCUCCUUACGUUGUUACUGGUGGUGCCGUUGGUCUUUCUGUAUCCGGCCUCCUCAUGGCUGUGGGUAUCGCCGCUGCCUUCUUGUAA